UCACGGGGAGGACAGCGAGUGGAGCGCGGUGAGGCGACACAGUGGAGACGCGCCGCGGAGGACACACAGAAGACGCCGCCCUGAAUAUCCCGACCGUACACCCCCUAAUGGUCAAUAUGAGUUGCUACAUCCAAGUGUGCGAGGAUGAGAACGACGAGCCCAUUGAGAUCCCCACCGAGGACGACAAUACCCUGCUUCUGUCGACCCUCGUGGCGCAGUUCCCCGGUGCGUGCGGCCUCAAGUACCGCCAUGCCGAGAGCCGUUCCAUGAGAGGCGUCAGGCUGGUGGACGGCAGGCUGCACGCUCCGGAUGAAGGCUGGAACUAUGUCUUCUUCUGCGUGUUUCCUAAAGAAAACAAGCGUAAGAGCGAUGAUCACCUGGAGAGUUCUAUGUCCAAAACCAAGCGCAUGGAGAGCAAACAACGGUGCUCUGACCUCAUUGUGCUUGGCCUACCUUGGAAGACCACUGAAAAGGAACUGCGCGAGUACUUUGAGCCUUUCGGGGAAGUUCUCAUGGCUCAGGUUAAGAAGGAUCCCAAGACCAACCAGAGUAAAGGGUUUGGUUUCAUUCGGUUUGGCAAUUACGAGACUCAGGUGCGCGUCCUCUCCCAGCGGCACAUGAUUGACGGGCGGCUGUGUGACGUGAAGAUUCCCAACUCGAAGGUAACACACCCUUGUUAUAGCGCCUCACUGUACGACCAACAGCAACCUUUUGGAGCCAACGAGUUUCAAUGGCCGAUGGGUUUGGCGUCGCACGCUGAUUGGCCAGGCAUGGGGAAUCUUCCGCCGCGCGAAGGCCAAGUUCAGCAGGUGAACAGCAAGGUGUUCAUCGGCCGCUGCACCGAAGACAUCACCGCGGACGACCUGCGCGAGUACUUCAGCAAGUUUGGUGAGGUCACCGAUGUUUUCAUUCCUAAGCCAUUCAGGGCCUUUGCCUUUGUCACUUUCCUAGAUCCUGAAGUAGCUCAGAAUCUGUGUGGGGAGGACCACAUAGUGAAGGGUACGUCUGUCCAUGUGUCCAACGCCGCGCCCAAGAGUGACCCAAACCGCGGCCCUUUUGGGCGUGGCGGGCGCAUGGAUGGCCGUUAUGGGCAGUACGGCAGUUAUGGUGGGGGUAUGAACAAUGGGGGAAGCUGGAAUCAGGCGGGGAGUCGGGACAUGCCCAACCUGGCUGCUCUUGGCACGUCCCUGGGGCUGGGGUCGGGUCAGGGUGGGCAGGGCAGUGGGCAGAAUGUCAACCCUCUCAAUAUGGGGGCGCUGACUAUGCCUAUGCUGGCAGCUCUGAGUCAGGCCAGCUGGGGGCUACUGGGCAACCUGCAGCAGCAGAACCAGGAUGGGACACAGGCUCCGGGGUACAGCCAGGGGGGUCAGCCGAGCCAGGGGGGUCCUCCGAGCAACCCCCCUCCAGUUAACCAGACUGGAGGUGGAGGAGGAGGUAGUCAUGGUAGCUGGGGCACUGGGGGCUCCAGUGGGGGGAGCUGGGGUGAUGGCAGUCAGGGGGGGUCUUGGGGGCCUUCUCAGGGGGGCCGUGACAAGUACAACAGGUAUGACAUGUAAGAGAGAGAGAGAGAUGACAGAUGUACGGCAGACCUGGAUGGCUGAGGAGUGGAUGAUGACACCAGGCCGUGAUGAACAAGUAGUAGUUGAAGAGUGAUGAUGAUGAUGGUGGUAGUGGUGAAGAUGUUGUCAGAAUGUUUACAUCCAUUUUUGAGUGUGCUGAAUAUUCUAAUGUUAGCGGCCUGCAAAGGCAGAGGGGGUGGCUCAGGGGUGUUAUGUGUGUGUGGUCAUGUCAACACUCCCUCUUCCCUUGUCUCAAGCAUGCUCCAUAGACUUAGCAUAGUAUUCACUUUAACUAUAAUAAUAUUCACGCUUAGUGUGUAUCAUUUGGUGUGGUGGUCAUGUAUGGGUGGGUGUAGCCUCGAGUGUUGCAGCCGUAGCGGAACACAUGGUAUGAUUGUAAGAGCGCUCCUCUCGCUGUGUGUAGCCUCCCGGGGCAGGCCCGAGUGUGGCUCCUGCCCCCAGGAAAGUGACCGGGCAUGUGUGACAGCGCCAUUGUACUGAGAGUGGUAUGGACGUGUGGAUGGCAGAGCUUGCCAAUGCCAGGGUUGUGCAAAAAGUUUGGUUAAGUGGGUGUGGAAGUCUCAGUCGCGUGAGAGAGAGCCUCCCCACCCUUAGGGAAGUGUAACGGCGCCACCGUCGCCGCCCUUACGCUCCCCUGAUGUGCGGGGAGGGCUGAGGCAACAAUCAGUACCAUGAGCCUGGCUCCAUACCGUUCUCAUGAAAUGCUGUUAUAAAUGUUACAGUUGACAGUUGAUUUUUUCCAACCUGCUUCAUGACACCAAUGUAAUCUAAGGUCACACUUUCUUGCUUUUGUCCCCCCUUAAUAGUGUAGCUGUUCGCCCUAUGUGAACAGUGUGGAACCAGGAGUCUUGUAUAUAGUGUGUUUGUUUACUGCAAAAUGGUGAGAGGUCGGUGAUUCCCGGUACGGUGUGUGUGCUCCUGGGGCCGUCCCACCCGGCUCGCCGAGGGGGACGGCCACGUGGAGGGACUGAGUGCACCAGGAAUUGCUUGCUGCUUCACUUAGUUAUUAUCAUGUUUCUCACUCUAAUCACAGACUCGAUAUUUGCCAGUGUGAGGUGUGACCGAGGAAGCCCUGAGUGUGUAGACUAGGAAGGCCAACAAGCUAUGAGUGUGUGUCAUGCUACAAAUUGAUAUAUUUUGGAAGUGGUGUAUGAGCAUUGGCCUCUCUCUAUUUUAAUACUUGGAGUGCAUCUGUUUAUGGUAACCAAAAAGUGCAUGAGUCUCAUUGAUCUAGUGUAGACUCUUGCCCCUUAACACCCUGCUCAACAGAUCUUAUUGCUUAGCAUUCUGUCUCUGAGCACUACUACUACUGCACAAGUCUUUUUCCUUCAAUUCUUGUCUAGGAAAGUAUAAGAGGUGGAAGUGUAUUGCCCAUGAAUUUCAGUUGGUGUCAAAAUUGUGUGAAAGGAGGAAGAGAUUUCAGUCUUAAAAGCUUUGGGCAAAAAUGUGUUCAUGGCAAUAAACCUCUUGCUUUACAUUACAAAUACAUAUUCUGGGGAAGGGGCAAUUAUUACCUUGACCUCACCUGACCUCACCUCUCAGUGUUGCCGAGGUCACUGACCUGGGAAUCACAGUACAAAGUCUGUGUGUUGAGCAUGGUGGUCAGAAGCGGGCAGGUGGAGGCAGGAAGGCUGGUCGUCAGUAUGGUGUACUGUACUGUACUGUUCCAUUACGCUGAACUUUCCCACAGUGGAAGCCUUGCCCCUCAGGGCUUGUUCAAUGUGGCAUUUAUGAAGUAACAAGAUGUGUGUGCAGGUAUUCUUUUUUGGUUCAUUAACAAAGGAAGUGUUUUGUUCCAAUGUUUAGUUUGAUGAUAUUGAUUGGAGUUGUUGCUGUAGUAGUAGAGAGGCGACAGUGCCGCUGCCACCGCCGCCGCCAGCCUUCCUGCCCUCCUCUGACCCACCGUUGAAAGGAGGUGUGACAGAGCCAUGUAAGAUUUAACAAGCAGGCCUUGGAUUGACCAUAAGCUUUCUCAGUCAUAAAUGAAAGAAUUCUGAUUUUAGUUUUUUGGCAUGAGUGUAUUUCUGUACGGUUGAUAAGGAAUAGUCUCACAAAUGAUAAGACAUUGUUUUUUUUCCUUCCAUUCAUUUCACCCAAGAUAUCAAUAACAUUUGUGUAGGUUUCACUCAUAUACGAGGUGUACAUGACUCCAUACAGGCCCUUUAUUAAAAGUGUGUGCUGUGAGUUUCUCAACAUUAAAUUGUAGGAAGGUACAAAAGUGCGUGUCCUGCCAGUGGGCGGCGAGUGGUGUGUGUGACGACAGGAGCUGGCUGCUAGUCUGUCUGGUGGAUGCGUGGCACUACGUAUACCUUUCCCUUGGCGUCAUCUGGAUGUUUCUCACUAGUAGUUCAUUAAAAACUAAAACUAAAAAAAGCCACACCAUUACAUUUAGUACCAUCUUCUUCCCUGGGACAGCUUUGUCACUCAGUGUGGAUGUCACCUUAGGCUUGGUUAUCAAAAGUCCAGUUAGUGCAGGGAUAGGGUGUGCAUCACUUGGAACAGGAGAGGGCAAGGCAGACAGGUGACAGGUGGAGCAGGUGUGUGGUAGGUAGCGGCAGUAGGGCCAGGGUAGAUAAGGGUUGGGGAGAGACACAUGACUGGUAUGUGCAUGUACUGGAAGAAAGAUGACUGGUGUCUGGUACCCUGAGAAUGUGCAGAUGGAGAAAGAUUGAGAUGUGCUGCUGGUGUUGAUAUUGGUGAUGAUGGUGAUGGUGGCGGGUAUGUGAAUGGUGACAGCUGGUGUGCAUAGCGGUGAAUCCAGGGAUGUGCUGUGCGUGAGAUGAACGACCGUGUCUCGCAAGCUGGAUGAUGUUUCGGAUGAUGGUGUUUGUGACGAGUUGAUGGUAUAUGUGAGUCUACCGUUGUCCUUCUGGUGUGUGUGUGUGUGGCUGUAUUACUAGCGUGCUCUGUCUUAAUAAAGGAUUCACAGCUAC